GGCUGGUGACUGAAGUGUAUUUUUAAAAUUUUGUUGGUAAAUUUUUGACUGAUUUGGAUUGCAUCUUAUCAACUUACGUCGGGAAAGAGGUGGCGAGUGUGUUUUCUUUGAAAAUUGUGGCCUAACUGUUGCAAAUUGUGAAUAAUCUUGUCAUUUCUCAGCCAGGUAAAUAGUAAAAAGUUAUUGGUGUAAAAGUGACAAAGUUGCAAGGUAUUCAACUUAUCCAAAACGUAUAAAGUGGCUCGAAAUGACAGAAGUAGUGCUCGCCAAUAAAGGUAGUUUGUCUACGGCCAAUUCUACAGCUGCUAACGCAGUAGCAUCACAACCAGAUCCUGACAUGAAAGGAUGGCUGCUAAAGUGGACAAAUUACUUGAAAGGUUAUCAAAAACGGUGGUUUGUUCUAUCCAAGGGAGUGCUAUCUUAUUACAGGGCUGAACACGGAGCCGGAUCGCAGGCAGGGGGCCGGAGUGCCGGGGGCAAAUUAUCUAUCCGGCGACGCAGGAAAGGCCCCCGAGCAGAGAGCAAAGGAUCCAUGAUGCAAUGCAUACGAGCACCUCGCUCACCCACUAGGCUGGCUCUCCCACCCGAACAAAUAAAAGAAAAAAAGAAAACAAAAAAAAAUCAGGCCGAGAUGACACACACCUGUCGCGGUACAAUAUCCCUCCAUGGAGCCCUUAUUCACACCGUCGACUCGUGUACCUUUGUGAUAUCAAACGGUGGAACUCAAACGUUUCACAUCAAAGCUGCCAACGAAGUAGAACGACAGUCCUGGGUGACGGCGUUGGAACUGGCCAAAGCGAAAGCAAUACGAGCAAUGGAGAGCGACGAGGAGGAAGAUGACACCGCAGCCAAUACAAUACCGAGCGAGGAACUGCUGCUAGUAGUAAGAGAUUUGACUCUAAGAUUAGAAAAUUUGAAAACAUGCUACGAUCUGAUUACGAAGCAUGGGGCUGCCCUACAGCGGGCUCUUUCGGAGCUGGAAUCCGGAGAAGAUUUAACUAGUAAGACAAAAAUAGUCAGCGAACGUGCAACGUUGUUUCGAAUAUCAUCCAAUGCCAUGAUCAAUGCCUGCUCCGACUAUCUGCAGACGGCGCAAACCCAAGGUCACAAAUGGUCCAAGAUGUUGCAGCAUGAACGUGACCAGAAGCUUCAUCUGGAGGAAAUGGUCGAGCAAUUAGCAAGACAGCAUUCGCAUCUGGAGCAAGCAGCACACCGUCAUAGACCGAACGCAGCCACUUCUGCCUCCGACGACGAGGACAAUGAGUUCUACGAUGCACAAGAAGAAGGUGGUUCUGUCGCUUCACAAGAGGAGAGUUCGUUCAUAUUAAAAAUUCCGGUCGCUCACCAUCGUCGUAAUUCCAACGACGCUACGGGUAGUUCCUCGGAGGGCGAGGAAGGCAACAGUGAGACACAACAAGUAUUAGUAGUCACCGAUAACCUAGACAAUAUGGACGUGACAGAUAGAAUAUCUGUAAGCAGCAAUCAAGCAUUAACACCAACGCUUUCCAAUAAUAACCAGUCCACAAAGAUAGUACGUAAGCGACGCACUAGAGUCCCGGAAAAGCCCAAUUAUCCACUGAAUUUGUGGUCCAUUAUAAAGAACUGCAUCGGUAAAGAUUUGUCCAAAAUUCCUAUGCCAGUUAAUUUCAACGAACCGUUGUCGAUGCUUCAAAGAUUAACAGAAGAUUUCGAGUAUUCGGAAAUCCUAGAUAAAGCCGCCCAGUGUAAGGACACCUGCGAACAACUAGCAUACGUAACAGCAUUUACUAUUUCAAGUUAUUCAACAACGAGUAAUCGUACCGGUAAACCAUUCAACCCGCUGCUUGGGGAAACUUACGAGUGCGACCGAACAGAUGAUCUCGGGUGGAGAUGUAUUAAUGAACAGGUAUCUCAUCAUCCACCAAUGGCAGCACAAUACUGCGAAGGUCGCGGAUGGAGAUGUUGGCAAGAAUUCACGAUGACCUCGAAGUUUCGUGGUAAAUACAUUCAAAUCGUUCCUCUCGGUUAUGCUCACGUAGAGUUUCCUGCCAGUGGUAACAAGUUUACCUGGCGCAAGGUGACAACCACGGUGCAUAACAUCAUUGUUGGCAAACUGUGGGUAGACAAUCACGGUGAUAUGGAAAUUUUUGGAGAGAAAAACGCACGAGGGGUCAAAUGUCACCUAAAGUAUCUUCCAUACUCGUACUUUACGCGAGAUACGCAGCGUAGGGUCAAGGGCGUAGUGAUGGACAAUGCUAGCCAGGUGAAGUGGGUGAUCAGUGGCACCUGGGAUAGUAAAAUAGAAAUUGCGCCGGUGACAUCAACGAGCGGUUCGGUGGAAAAUCCUGUCUACAAGACGGGUAACUUCAAGACAGCAUGGAGUCGGCGCUUGCCACCGAAUGACUGCGAAAAAUACUACAAUUUUACAGUGCUUGCCUGUCAGCUAAACGAGCCCGAACCGGACGUUGCUCCAACGGAUUGCCGGCUACGACCGGAUCAACGACUAAUGGAGGAGGGCAAAUGGAACGAUAGUAAUGCCGAAAAAUUAAGACUGGAAGAGAAGCAACGAGCACGGAGGCGCGAACGGGAGGCCGAAGCCGAGCAGGCUGCCGCUGAAGGACGUCCCUAUCCGCCAUACGAACCGAUUUGGUUCGGUAAACAGAAGGAAGAAGGUACCGAUAAUCUGGUGCACGUGUACAAAGGAACUUACUGGGACUGCAAGGCGAAGCAAGAGUGGUCAAAGUGUCCGGACAUUUUCUAGGUCUGUUGCCAGUAUGCGCUUUCUGUGAAUUCGGUAAUAUUUUUACUUUCAGCUAGAGAUAUUUAAAUUGUUCACUUAAUCGUUGCAAUCAUUGUAUUUGAAUAAGUCAGUUGGAGCGGUCAAGAUCGGGUGGACAAGUGCAUAGUUGUUUUAUCUACCCGUUAAUAACGUUCAAUUCAAUUCAACCAACCGAUGGGAAUUUCAGCAUAUUGCUUUUAAUGGUUCAAAUGGCAAUUCGUCUAUUAGUAUCACAAGUUAAGAACAAUAUGAAUAUAAAUAUUCAAUUGCGCAUAUUUAUUUUGUUUUUGUUUAUGUUGUUUUCUACCAAAAACUCGGUUUUACAGCCCUAUAAUUGUAACAAUCAGAAAUCUAGUUAGAAAGCUAUGUGCUACGGUGAUCAAUCGGAUAUACCUAACAAAUAACGCAAAUUGUAGAACGCGCAUUGGAAGAACCUAAUCUAUGGUCUACCUUUAUAUGAUAGCAUCCUUUUAAUUAAUUAUGACACUCUCUUCGGAAACUAACCUAUAAAGUUUUAGGAUAACUUGUCCUAAAACAUUACUGCUAAAAAUGCUAGCGGAAUACAGUUUUAGUACAUGAUACGAAAAAUACUUGCAAAAUGAAUCACAAAUAGUUUUGGUAAACGUAGCAGAAAACGAGUAUUAUGAUAAGGUUUUAAAACGGUGCGAAGGCUGUAUUAGACAUUUUGGUUUUUGGAAAAUAUUCGAAUGUGAUUGAAAAAAUAGUUACGAUAAGUUUUGUUUAUUCUAAAGCACGGUUAACAUGAAGCCACAUCAUAUUUUGUAUGGCCUAUUAUUUCUGAAAAUAAACAGUAAACUUUACUAGCUUUUUCGAUCAAUAGAUUUUCCAUAGAAUUAGCUACCCAUCAAAUAGAUUUGAUCGAUUACAAUCGUAACUAUACAGCAUCAAAGCUAAAAAUUUAUUGCGACAACAUAGAUAAAAUAGUUAUGAUAAAAUUGAUUUAAUAAAUUAACUACUCACAUUUACAACUUUAAAUAAAUAGAACGAACCACACUAAAUCUCUGUUCGACUAGACAUGUGAACUUAACGAAGUAAUAAAUUAUGGCUAUUCUAAUGGAAAAACAUAGUUAUACAGGCAAACUCGCUCUAACUGUCAGAAAAGAAGAACAUACACAGAGAAAAUAUAUUAGGUCAAAGAUUACUAGUUGUUACGCUUAUGAAGCUAUUGAUAACGGAAUUAUUGAGUAAAGACAGUAAAAUGUUUUAGAUCAA